AUGCGCGUCCUCGCCCUCGUUACCGCCUUUACGUUCAUCGCCGCCGUCGUCUCGACGACGAGCCAUGCCAGCGUCGCCUCGCCAGGCGAGGACGCGUCCACCGUGGAGGAAAACCCGGUGUCGACAUCUGGCUUCGUCAAGGGCCAGCGCUCCCUCGAGAAGCGGACGCUGUGCGGUACCGACAGCGACUGUCAGCUCGUCGCGUCGCUCCUCCCGAUCCUCUACCCGAACGGCGCCCGCUGCUCAAAGUGGCUGUGCGUGCCCAAGUGCGGCGACCUGUGGGACUGGGACAUCUUCUCCCACAAGUGUCGGGACGUGUCGUCGGACACGGACAACUGCGGCAAGUGCGGCCAGAAGUGCACUCUUCCUGGCGCGACGCAGACGACGUGCGAGCACGGUCAGUGCAGGGCGACAUGCUGCGAGCCGGGCUACACUCUCGGCGACGGAGUUUGCUCGUUGAACCCGAGCCAGCAUGCACGCAUCAAGCGUAGCGUGAGUGCGCCCCGUCGCAAGCUUUGCCCCGCCGUGAACGAGCAGGCCUGCCCCAUCCUCGGUUCCUCGACGUACGCCGAGGCCGUCAAGCACCAUUUCGAGGCGAAUGGCGAGCUCUCGGGCGUCAUGUCGGGCGUCGGCGGCUUCGACGUCGGCUGCGAGUCGAGCCGCUGCGUCGUCCUCUCGUGCGACGCAGGUUGGCGCCCGUCGCGUCGCGGCGACAAGUGCGUCCGGGUCCGCUCGUCCUUCUUACCCGCCAAGAACGCGACGACACACGCCUCGCACACGCAUCUGCGUGCGGGCAUGCGCCACUCGUCCUGA